UUAUCCGUGUCCAUGUCAAAGACGAGUAAAAAGUUGUGGAGUGUGCUGAAGUUGGUGUUUCUUUGGUUCGACCUGAUUUGAUGUUACGGAUUUUGUCGUGUUUGUAAAACAGUUCUAGAAUGAACAGAAAUGAGGAGAGAAGGUUGAAAGUAUAAGGCAUUGGCGUAUGAAACAUUAUUUAGAAGGAGUAGUGGAGAGGUUACGGAUAUGGCGGGUGUUUGCUGGCAGCGUUUGGAUUUGUGAUUGGUGGCAAUGUCACCAGGUUCUUCUUGGAUGAAAACGAAAGGAAUGAAAAGCUCUCAUAUUAAUUCGGAGCCAUCGACAAAUACGGAAGAUUCAGGAGACGAUGCAGAUGAAACUUCAAGUGUAGGGAGCACGUCUACAACUGACAAUACAUCACGAAGUGAAACUCCUACCAGUAAAGCAAGGAAAGGACGAAGAGGGCGAAAGAAAGUUAUCAAGAACAACAUGAAGCUUCAGUACAAGUUUUCGACUAGUGUGAAGGAAGACCAUGGUCAACCGCUGUUUGGUGCACAAUUUAAUCAUCAUCUGAAAGAAGGACAGCCCCUAAUAUUUGCAGCUGUUGGAAGCAAUCGUGUUUCUGUAUAUGAAUGCCCUGAAGGCAGUGGGAUUAAAUUACUGCAGUGUUAUGCUGAUCCUGAUCUUGAUGAAAACUACUACACUUGUGCAUGGUCAUUUGAUGAGGAUUCAGGAAAGCCGUUAUUGGCUGUAGCAGGUUCAAGAGGCAUUAUACGUAUCUUCAGUCCAGCAACAAUGUCUUGUGUGCGACAUUACAUUGGUCAUGGUCAUGCUAUAAAUGAGCUUAAAUUCCAUCCGCGUGAUCCAAACUUAUUGUUAUCUGUAUCAAAAGAUCAUGCUUUGAGGCUGUGGAACAUCAAGACAGAUGUUUGCAUUGCAAUAUUCGGUGGUGUUGAGGGACAUCGAGAUGAAGUCCUUAGCGCUGAUUUUGACCUGUGUGGUGAUCGUAUUAUGUCAUGUGGAAUGGAUCAUUCUUUGAAACUGUGGCGAUUGGACAAAGAAACAAUGAGAGAAGCUAUCCAUGGAUCUUAUCAGUUCAAUGCAGCUCGAAGUCUGAGGCCUUUCGACUCUCUGAAGGAACACUUUCCAGAUUUCUCUACAAGAGAUAUUCACCGUAACUAUGUUGAUUGUGUCAGAUGGCUCGGUGAUUUUGUCUUGUCAAAGUCUUGUGAAAACUGCAUUGUGUGUUGGAAACCAGGACGUCUAGAAGACAGAGAACUUCGAUCAAAUGAAACAAGUGUUACAAUUAUUCACCGUUUUGAAUAUAAGGAAUGUGAAAUUUGGUUUGUCAGAUUUGCAAUGGAUUUUUGGCAGAAGAUUUUAGCACUUGGUAAUCAAGUUGGACGUACAUUUGUGUGGGAUUUGGAUGUGACUGAUCCAACUCAGUCUCGAUGUACAACUUUGACACAUCCCCGAUGUGUGGCAGCAGUUCGACAGACUAGUCUCAGUCGUGAUGGUUCAAUAUUGCUAUGUGUAUGUGAUGAUGGAACUAUUUGGCGAUGGGACAAGGUCAUAUGAUAUUACUGGAAUAACUGUUGCUGUCCAAGUGUUUGGAUCUGCAUGGUGAUCAGCAAUGAACUUCAUUGCUUGCUUCAGAGUAAAUCGGCCCUGAGGAAUCAUCAUUGGCUCUGUAUAUCCAAAUUCAGUCUCUUCCAAUGGUCUGCGAUCUUGUGGAAGGGAAUGAGAACUGUUGGUUGUUUGCUGUUCAGCAACCUAGUUAGAAAUAUAGGAAACUACAUAUUUGUGCUAUUAUGUCACCAUUAAUUACUACUGUUUGAUAGCAACAAAUUGACAUGUUUCAUUCACAUUAUUGUUUAGUGCUAAUCAUGCAAGUAAACAAGAAAAAAGACUCCUUGCCUCAAAUUAACAAAUAAAUGCUAUAUCAACUUC